UCGCUCAUAUACAUACAUAUCUUCUUAAGAUUAAAUCAUGUUGAUUUAUCUGUGUUUGUUUUGCGCGGUCGCGGUCGCGCUCGCAAACGGGGACGUGACAAAGGAGGAGGCGCAAAAACAAAUCGGAGCGAUAAAAGAAUGCCAAAGCGAUCCGGAAAGUUACACGCCGCCGGAACUAAUGCAGAAAAUAAGCAGGGGUGAAUGGAUCGAAGACGACAGGAUCAAAAAGGGUCUGCUGUGCUUCUCCAAGAAGUUAAACUACAUCAACUCGGACGGAGUUUUGAACGCUGACCACGUGAUAAGCGAUUACGAACGAUUGUACGGUACGGACAAGUUGAAGGAGUUGAGAGGAUGCGUCCAACAACAAUCGACACCCGAGGAAACGGCCUAUCAGUUGUUCAAGUGCAAAUCUGCUAUUGUUGGUAUAGCCGUCAACAUUCUCGAAGCCAAUUAAUAAAAAUUGUCUCGGAUAUACCUGAUUAAAGCGCAGAAAAUUGUGUCUGAAUUCAUCAACUGUCGACUGUAAUUCGUCCCAUUCUUUUUUCAAUUCAUCUUGUUCGACUUCUUGCCGUUGCUUAGCUUGUUUUAAAUUAUUAUUUGCAAUUUGCAGUUGCUCUUUAGCCUCUGUUAAAUAUCGUGUGUAAUUACACGAUUUACCUUCCUUAAAACCUGUUCUGUCAUUUAAAUAACAGCCUCAUUAAUUAAUAAA